AUGUCUGAAGCACUUGUAUCCUUCCUUGUACAACAGUUGGGUUCUAUCCUUUUCCAACAAGUUGAACAAAACGUGAGACUUGUUGUGAAUGUCAAAAAAGAAGUAAUAAACCUCACCCUUAACCUUGAAACUAUUCAAGAUGUGCUUGCGGAUGCAGAGAGGAGGCAAGUGAAGGAGGCCAACGUGAGACGCUGGCUCAACAAUCUCAAAGAAGUGUCGUUUGAGAUAGACGAUGUGGUGGACGAGUGGAGGUAUGAAAUCCUGAAACAGCAAAUCGAGAAACAAGGUGAAAAUGCUAUUAUACCUAAGAAGAAGGUAUGUUUCUCUAUUCCCAUGCAUUGUCUUUGCAAUAGCCAAGUCAAUCAGAUAAUUUUUCGUCGUGACAUUGCUGUGAGGAUAAAAGAGCUGAAUGAGAAGUUAGCUUUGAUUCACGAACAACGGAAAUUUUAUAAUUUCCAUCGCAAUGAAACUGAAAUUGAGCAACCUGCUCGAUUGAAAAGUUUUUCUAUUGUCGAUAAAUCUGGGACAUUUGGUAGGGACUAUGAAAUGAAUAAACUAGUGAGCCAGUUAGUGAGUGAGAAUAGUGAAGAAAGGAAGAAGCCUCUUGUCAUAUCUAUUGUUGGUUUAGGGGGGAUAGGAAAAACAACUCUUGCCCAACUAGCCUAUAAUGAUGAUAUGGUAAAAGAUUGUUUUCAUACAAGAAUAUGGGUUUGUGUCUCAGAACCCUUUGUACAAAUUGCGGUUGCAAAAGCCAUCCUAGAGAGUCUUAAAGUAGUUGUCCCAAAUUCAGAUGAGUUAGAAACAUAUGUUCAACAUAUAUCUAACUCUAUUGAGGGCAGGAAGUUCCUUCUCGUCCUAGAUGAUGUUUGGGACUCAGAUCAUAGAAAGUGGGAGCCCUUCUUGACAACAUUACUCUGUGGUGCCUCAGGGAGUAGGAUUUUAGUUACAACGCGUAUAGCGCAAGUUGCUAGUGCAAUGGGAACGACUAGCGGUAACACUAUCCGUUUACAGGAGUUAAGUGAAGAAACUUGUCAGUCAUUGUUCUAUCAUAUUGCAUUUUUCGAUGGUGAAAGAAAAGAGUCUGAAAAGUUUAAAGAUAUUGGUAAUAAAAUUGUAAAAAGGUGCAAAGGCUUGCCUCUUGCUGCAAAGACUUUGGGUAGUCUAAUGCGGUAUAAGAAUACAAUAGAGCAAUGGGUAGAUGUUUUAAAUAGUAAGAUAUGGGAAAUACAAGAGGUUGAGCAGCAGGUUUUUCAACCUUUACUACUAAGUUACUAUGAUUUAGAACCACUGUCCAAACGUUGUCUCUUGUAUUGUGCCACGUUUCCUAAGGAUUAUGAAAUUUAUAAAGAUAAGUUGAUUGAGUUGUGGAUGUCACAAGAUUAUCUUGAAGUCAAAGAAGGAAACAAAGAGAGAAAAAUAGUCGGUCAAAGGUGUUUUGAAAACUUAGUAAUGCGGUCUUUCUUUCAAGAUUUCACGGAAGAUUGGAUGGGGAAUAUUUUUAGAUGUAAGAUGCACGAUAUUGUGCAUGACUUUGUGCAAUACUUGACCAAGGAUGAGUGCUUUAGUAUGGUGGUCAAGGGUGGUAACGAGAGAAUGGAGUUACCGGGUGAUGAGAUCCGUCAUUUGUCUUUGAUGUUUGCACCAGAGGGUCCUUUUCCGGUUUCUUUUCUCAACUGUAAGAGUCUUCGCACUCUCACAUGUUUUGAAUCGAAACUUGCAUGCAUCGGGGUAGAGUUGAUUUCGCAAUUAAAAAGCCUUAGGAGUUUGAAUUUGAGUAAGAAAUCGAUUAUAGAAGUUCCAAAGGAGAUUGGUGGAUUGAUUCAUCUGAGAUAUCUGGACUUGUCAGAUAACGAUAAACUGAAGGAAUUGCCUGACAGUUUAUGUGAUCUAUACAAUCUGCAAACCUUGCGACUUGUAGAGUGCAGUCAACUUGUCAAAUUACCAGAUGAAGAGGCGAUGAGGAAGCUGACCAAGCUAAAGCAUCUUUAUGUCUAUGGGUGCUUUCGUCUAAAAUUAAAAGGGAUAAGGGGGUUAACCGGUCUGCAGGAGCUGGAUGAGUUUCAUAUAAAUGGUUAUAAAGGUGCAGACAACGAAGGGACGUCGAAGUUGGAAGAUUUAAAAGACUUGCACCAACUUGAAGGGAGUCUCUCCAUUUCACACUUGGGGUCGGUGGAAGAUGCGAGCCAGGCUGUAGCGGCAUGUUUGGGUGAGAAACGUCUUUCUCGACUGGGACUAUAUUUCGCAUGUUCCGUGUGUGGUGGGUCAUACAGACAAGAAGGGAGGGGCCACAUAGAUAUGGAAGUACUGAACGGGUUGCAACCACAUAGAGAUUUGGAAUUGCUGGUGAUCCGGAACUGUGGGGCCAGCAUUCUCUUGCCUAAUUGGAUCUUGUCCUUACAUAAGUUGAAAAGGCUUGUUCUCGCUGAAUUCGGCAACUGUGAGCUGCUUUCGGGUCCAUUGGGCAAACUGCCGUCGCUUGAGUCUCUCGUAUUUUAUAGCAUGGACAAAGUGAAAAAGUUCGGAGUCGAGUUGUUGUUGGGAGUUGAUGAUGAUGGCUCCUCGUCUUUAUUCCCCAAAUUGAAAACCCUCAAGGUCGGUUAUAUGGAAGAGUGGGAAGAGUGGGAAGGGGAUUUUCAGAAUAAUAAUAUUAUAAUAAUGCCCUGCCUGUCUUCGUUAGAAAUUCUUUAUUGCCCGAAACUUGGUACGCUGCCCGACUUCCUGCGCAACACACCACUACAGACUGUGGACAUCUCCUCUUCACCGAUUCUCACAGAUAUUGUCCGGGACAAAACAAGCAUAAGUAAUUUCCGUUUCAAGCACCAAGAGUAUUCGAACUCUUCAUGGCUUUCAUCAUCUACGAACAACACCUCUCAAUCUUAUUCUUAUUCACUUCUUCAGGAUGUAAAUCUGAUACUAGAAGAAUGUGAGUCUCUCUUUCUCAGUGAUGAAAGACUGUCCCCCAUUAAUGACAGCAAACGAAGGGAUGUGAUCAUCAGGAGGAGUGAAGAUCGUAUGCAAUAG